AUGCCCACUAUAACCAGUUAUUUCGGUUUUCUACUAGCAGUUUUAACUAUAACCGCAGGUCUUUUUAUCAGUCUGAAUAAGAUACGACUUAUUUGA